UUGUAGAUGACACUUUGUGCUGACUUCAAGCGAAAAGCCCCUUUUAUAUUCGUUCCCCGUUUCCAUUUUUCAUUUAAUUCCAGUCAAUUUAUUCUACACAGUCUGACAGAAGGCAUUCGGUACAACAAUAUCAUCCGAGGCAAAGUUGGCCACCGAAUGACCCUCGAGAAACUUCCAUUACUAGUGAUAGUGGAGAAAACCCACAGGCUAGUUCCAAUGUUGUCACCAAAAGCCGAAGGGUUAAAAAUUCCGCUCCAACCUUCAUGUGGCCCUUUCACCGUCAUUUUCAUGGCAUUUUCUACAAAUGCCCCUCCCAUUUCCUUUCUUUAUUGGUCAGUUACCUUCAUGGCGUCUAAAUCGAACUGAGGAAAUGCUCCAUACUCCGUACAAUUAGAAAUCCAAAUCUGAUUUGAAAUAUACAUGAUUCGAAAUGUACACGAUUUUGUAUCCACUUGAGCUCCGGCACUACUGUUUGAGAGCGAUGCUGGGACAUAAUAUAAAAAAGUCCCCCGAAGAACUUGAUGAGUAUUUUUUGCUUAGAUUACAUUCUUUCAUACUUCAUCAAUACUAUCAGCAUAUAAAAUAUUAGCAAGAUGUCUAUCAGAUACGAAUCAUCCAGCUCUGACGCUUCUCCUCUCGGAAAGCCUCUCAAAUAUGAAUUUUCCGGCAAAGUUGCACGAAAUCGAUUUUUGAAGGGAGCUAUGAGUGAACGUCAAUCAUCAUGGGACCCAAAGGACUUCAAAUCUAGAGGAAUUCCAUCCACAAACCUCGUCAAUGUCUACAAGAGAUGGGGCGAGGGAGAAUACGGACAAAUCUUGACUGGAAACGUCAUGAUUGAAUAUGAUCAUUUGGAAGCUAUGGGUAACCCAAUUAUUCCACUAGAAGCUCCAUUCGAAGGAGAACGAUUCGAAAGAUUCGCAGCAAUGGCAAAGGCAGGAAAAGCUCACGGAAGUUUAAUGGUUGCCCAAGUCAGUCAUCCUGGACGCCAGGUCGAGAACAGGGUUCAACCAAAUCCUAUUUCUGCAAGUGAUGUUCAGCUAGAAGGAAAUGCUAUGGGAUUGUCCUAUAAUAAGCCACGUCCAGCAACCCAAGAGGAUAUCGACAGUAUAAUCGAUAAGUUCGCUCACGCAGCGGAAUACCUCGAGAAAGCCGGUUUUGAUGGAAUUCAACUCCACGGUGCCCACGGUUACCUCCUCGCUCAAUUCCUCUCCAAGACUACAAACAAGAGAACCGACAAAUAUGGUGGCUCUCUCGAGAACAGAUUCCGUAUCAUUCAAGAAAUCGCAGAUGAAAUCCAUAAGAGAGUCAAGCCAGACUUCAUCGUUGGUAUCAAGAUGAACAGUGUUGAAUUCCAAGAAGAUGGGUUCACACCUGAAGAUGCUAAGGCUGCUUGUCAAGCACUCGAGGGUGCAAGAUUUGAUUACGUUGAACUUUCCGGUGGAACAUACCAAGAAACUGCUUUUGUUCACAAGCGCGAGUCAACCAAGAAGAGAGAGAACUUCUUUAUUGAAUUCGCAGAGGAGAUUGUCAAGCCUUUGACUAAGACCAAGGCAUAUGUUACUGGUGGAUUCAAGACUGUUGGUGCUAUGGUUUCCGCAUUGGAUACCGUUGAUGGUGUUGGUAUUGGACGACCUGCAGCUCAAGAGUUCAGACUUCCAAAGGAUAUCUUGGAGGGAAGAGUUACUGGUGUUAAGAAGGUGGCUGUGGAUGAAAAUGAUUUCUUGUUCACUAACAUUGCGGCCGGUACCCAAAUGAGACAAGUUGGAAAGGAUCAGGAACCUAUUGAUUUGAGCAUUGAAAAGAAUGUAGAGAUUUUCAAGAAAGAGAUGGGUGUUUGGGGCGCAAAGAUUGCUACUGAUAAAGAAUAUAAAGAGUAUGGGUUCAUUGAUUGGACCCAGGAGGCUCAACCAUACGGAGUUUGCUGAGCGAUUAAUAUUUGUAUACUAGGUAGAUAUGUGGGAUAGAUAAGAGUCAAAAGACAUAGAUUUUAGAAUUUACACGAUUCAUGAUACAGUAAUAAUAGAUCCACCUGGUGAUUUCU